GUAGGGCAUCACAGGGUGGCUUUUAAAUAUUUUUAGCUUAAAGUUGCUCAAUUGUCGACCACAAGAACUGUCAGAUUACUGUUUGUUUAUUGUCUACUUAUGUCGCGGAAAUUGAUCAACCUAUAUCAUUAAUUAAAAUUAUUUUUGUAUGAUAAAUGUUCUGACUCUGAUUUGAAAAACUAAAAUGUUUAAGGGUGCACCAUGCUGCAUGAUUUGCAGCGAAAGAUCCGAACGAUUUUUAUCUAUAUCAGACAACUUUGACGGUCAAAAAAUCGAAUCCAUCCUGAUGAAACACUUUUGGUUUAAGACCGCAGAUUGCCAGAACCAGUUCGUGUGCUCUAGUUGCUGGAAGAGGAUAUCGGACUUUCAUCAGCUAUACUGUGCGGUCGAGACACGCUGGUUCUAUGUUAAACCAGCUUUACUGUUCCGUUGCGAAAAGUGUGACCACUCAAAGGCCUUCAGCACUGAAACUGACCUGCAGUUACACAUUCUGUUGCUUCACUCUAAGGAUACCGACAAAGUACACAACUGCGAUCAAUGUGAUAAAUCUUUUGCCACCGAAUGGCAGCUUUCUAGUCACAAAGCAUGGCACCAGGAUGUGGAUAAUUUGAAUAUUUCGUGUACUGUAUGCAACAAACAAUUUGCAUCAAUGCACACCCGAAAUGCUCAUGUGCGAAAUCAACAUUUGGAUUAUUCGAUAGCCAACAUGGCAAAGGUAGUGAUGAAUCAUGAAGGGGACGUAGCUGAUAGUACGCUGAUAGCGACAACAGAGACAGAAAAAGAAACCGCUAAGAAAAUACAAAAAUCGGCUGAAACAAUAGCGCAGGAGGAUGAAUUGAUCCGACAAUUUUGCAAUUUGUCCUGUAAAAGGUGUGAGUAUGUUGGUGAGAAUCUCUAUCAACUUUUGAAGCACUAUACAACCGAUCACCAAAUGCGUGGCUAUGCGGAGUGUUGCGGAAACAAGUUUACCAAAAAACCUCGCUUGUACAACCACUGUCAAUUGCAUGUGAAUCCGAAUAUGUUUCAGUGUGAGAUAUGCAGCAAAACCUUCUCUCAGGGUGAAGCGCUGGAACAGCACAAUCAAUGGGUACACACUCCUGACUCUGCAAAGCCAUUCAAAUGUGAUAUUUGUGAUGCUGCAUUUUGCAAAAGUUUUCAGCUCCGGUUUCAUAUGAAGUACCACAUUGCCAAAGAACAAAAAAAUUUCCAAUGUAAAGAUUGCAACAAAUCCUUUGGCACCAAUCUUUUACUUCAAGCUCAUCGCCACAACCAUCACGGAGCUUUCAGCAAUUGGGCUUGUGAUAUUUGCGGCAAAGGUUUCACGCACAAGGCACUGCUGGAAAAGCACUACCUUCUGCAUUCGGAGCAAGGCGCUGCAAGUUUAAUGGUACAGUGCGGACACUGUAGCAAGUGGCUGAAGAACAAGGACACCUAUCAGAGCCAUGUGAAACGAUGCCUCGCCAGUGGCUCUAUUACUUGUGAUGUUUGCGGGAAAAAACUAGCGAAUGAGCCAGCCUUGGCACGACACAAACGAGUCAUACACCGGCAUCGUCCAAUGCUUGCAUGUAGUUAUUGCGGUAAAGCGUACAAGGAAAUUCGGCGAUUGAGAGAGCACGAAGCAAACCAUCGUGGGGUUGUUUUGUACACGUGUCCUUACUGCCCGAAAACGAGUAAUUCAAGUUCAACCAUGCACAACCAUAAGAAAUCGGCUCAUCCAGAGCAGUUUGCCGCUAGAAGGGCGGAACAAGCAUGCAUACAGUCGGAUACAUUGUUGUAGUAUAUAGCAUACAAAUUUUAAGAUUCACAAUAUAUCUGUAAAACGUAUGUCCAAUUUAAAUUCCUUCAUUCAUCAUCAUGCAGAAUUUAUAUUUACCGCCCUAACCCUUACUUGACCAACUUUUUUCUAUCAUUUAUCGGAUUCCAAAGCUAAUUCGACACAUAUCCUUCAUUAGGACCUAAGUCGCAAUGUACUGAAAUGGAGAAAAAUCAGUUUCAAUA